AUGCUCUUACAGGCUCCACGAUUUGCUCCACGAGAAGCUCCACAGGAAGCUCCACGACCGCCUCCUCGUCUGACUCUUCCACGAGAUGUUCCACCACCAACAAUUGAAGAACACAUCGUUGGUAUUAGAGAUGGUCCCAAUGCGUCUGCGGAGCCGUUCCAUAUCAAAAACGCUGCUUUUGAAGACCCGAAGAACAUCGUCAAUGCCGAGAUGUAUGUGUCUGAUGCACUUGAAUACCUCGGCAAUCAAGAGGCACACUCGCCCACUGGAGCGUUCGUGAUGGAGGAGGAUAUGCUUAGCAGUCACGGUAGUCAGAGGCGACCAGAGGUGAAACCCUACUAA